AUGGUUUCGCCUAACCUCAUCCGGUCAGCCCUCUGGCUGGCCGUGCUAGGCACAGGAUCAGCUCUUCCCGGCCCAGAAAACCCGAACGCUCUUGCGCCCCGUCAACCCAUCGACGCCGACCUCGUCCCCCCUCCCACCGACAACGACGCCCCUCCCGCCACCGACACCACCAAGCUCGCCGGUCACGAAUUUGCCGUCUGCCACAACCUCGACGGCGACUACAAACCCUUCUGCCUCCCCAAACACAACGAAACCUUCAACCCCGGCGUCCUCAAGUACAUCACCUGGGACCCGGCCUUCUUCUCCAAAGGCCACACCCACGAGAAAGCAAACCACACGGUCAAAAUCAUCGGGUUUUACCUCACCCCCGAAAGCGACACCCACCAAGCCUUUGACUCUGGCGAAAUCUCGUGCGCGUGGGGUUUUUACCAGUGGUCCGUUACCCAAGACCUCAUCAACGCCAACCCAUUGUGGAAUGAAAAACCGGGAAACAAGGCGAAGCACUUCAAGCAGAACACACCAACGACGAUAACCCUGAGGAUGGCGGCGCUGCCGGAGGAUGGCUCGCCCGCGGAAUGGCAUCAGGGACCGACGGUGCAGAUUGUCAAGCCAAAGAAGGGGCCGAACAAGAGUGAUGGGAGGAGGCACCCGGCGGACGAUCAGGUGUUGUAUGUGGCGCUGCCCACGGUGGCGUUUUUCCUGAUGGCGAUUGUGAUGAGCACGUUGUGCUGUAAUAGGGGGGUGAGGAGGAUUGAUUUGGGGAAUGUGAUGGGGAGGAACAGGAGGAGUGAGAGGGGGACGGUGGGGAGGAAUAGGAGGGAUAGGGGGCAGUAUUCUAGGGUUGAUGGGAGGGAUAUGGAGCUUGGGAGGGGGGUUGGAGAGGGGAGUGGAUUGGGGGUUAGGAAGGUUGAUUAA